AGGAGGGACUUUUUGAAGGGACUGGAACCGGACGUGUGAAAUGGCAGCGAAGGUGUUUGAAAGUCUUGGGAAGCUUGGCCUGGGGCUGGCUGUGGCAGGUGGAGUGGUCAAUUCUGCUCUUUACAACGUUGAUGCGGGCCACAGAGCUGUCAUCUUUGACCGAUUCCGUGGGGUCCAGGACACAGUGGUAGGAGAAGGUACCCACUUCCUCAUCCCCUGGGUACAGAAACCCAUCAUUUUUGACUGCCGCUCUCGCCCCCGUAACAUUCCUGUGAUCACCGGCAGCAAAGAUCUACAGAACGUGAACAUCACGUUGCGUAUCCUGUUCAGACCAGUGACUGCCCAGCUACCCCGGAUUUUCACCAGUAUCGGAGAGGACUACGAUGAGCGUGUCCUGCCCUCAAUUACAACCGAAAUCCUCAAGUCUGUUGUGGCUCGCUUUGAUGCUGGAGAAUUGAUCACUCAGAGGGAGUUGGUCUCAAGGCAAGUGAGCGAAGACCUCACAGAGAGAGCAGCAACCUUCGGGCUCAUUUUGGAUGAUGUGUCCUUGACCCAUCUGACCUUUGGCAAGGAGUUCACAGAGGCGGUGGAAAUGAAGCAAGUGGCCCAGCAAGAAGCAGAGAGAGCCAGAUUCAUUGUGGAAAAGGCUGAGCAGCAGAAGAAAGCAGCUGUCAUCUCUGCUGAGGGAGACUCGAAAGCAGCCGAGCUGAUUGCCAACUCGCUGGCCACUGCAGGCGAUGGCUUGAUUGAGCUGCGCAAGCUGGAGGCAGCUGAAGACAUCGCGUACCAGCUCUCACGGUCCCGCAACAUCACCUAUUUGCCCUCUGGACAGUCUGUGCUCCUCCAGCUGCCACAGUGAACCUGGCUCUGCAGCCAUAGCUAGCCUGUACCUCUACGUACCAGAUCCGCCCUUUCCAAAAGAAUCUUUGCAUUUUCCUCGUUGGUAAAAGCAGAGGAAAUUUAAAAUUCAACCCAUUUUGAAUUCUCGAUCAAAUAAAACUGAACACUCUUGACAACAAA